CGUUUAGUGACUUAGCUUCUCAUGUUACCAGUGCUAUGGAUACACAGGUUGUUGCAAACCCGGAGGAGAUUGCCAAAUUUUUCCGGGAACACAGUCGAUUCCCAUCUCUCAGUCGGGCUGACGUUGGACCAGUGAUCACCUCUGAGUACGGUGGAAAGUGCAGCAACAUUUAUACAGAAUGGAGUCAGCGUGAUCUGGAGAGGAACGAGAAUGUCAAGUUUUGUCGCCAGUACAUCGUUUUUCACGAUGACAAGUCGGUGGUGUACUCAGGCCCCUCUGGGAACUGUACUGAAAUUAAGGGAGAGCUGCUGAGCAAAGAUUCUCCUUCCGGAGAGAUGAAGGCAGUUGUUCGUGAGUGCUCCAUCAAAGGGGAGGACAAACAGUUCCUGGAGAUCUGGCAUAAGAACAGUAAAAUAAAGAGUCUGAACCUGACUGCACUAAAGAAGCAUGGCAAAGUCUACGAGGAUGAUCAGUUUGGCUGUCUGGUCUGGUCCCACUCGGAGACUCACCUUCUGUACGUGGCAGAGAAAAAACGGCCAAAGACGGAGUCCUACUUUGAGACAGAGUCUGGCGAAUCCAGUUCCCUUGGCGAUGAGGAGGAAACGAUGAAGGUUGAGAAGAAGAGCGAGGUCAUUAAGGGGGACCAGUUUGUGUAUUAUGAGGACUGGGGUGAAGCCCUAGUGAGUAAGAGUAGGCCUGUGCUGUGUGUGUUGGACAUCGAGGGCAGUAACGUCUCUGUGCUGGAGGGAAUCCCAGACAACAUCUCCCCGGGACAGGCUUUCUGGGCUCCUGGCGACACGGGCGUGGUGUUUGUGGGCUGGUGGCACGAGCCCUUUAGACUGGGCUUGAGACAUUGCCCAAACAGAAGGUCCUCUCUGUUUUAUUUGGACCUGACCAGUGGCAGUUAUGAGCUGUUAUCGUCUGAUUCAGAUGCAGUUUGUUCUCCACGGCUGAGCCCAGACAUGUGUAGGAUCGUGUAUCUGCAGUGUGGUGUCUAUGGUCCACAUCAACAGUGCAGUAAACUCUGCAUGUAUGACUGGUACACAAAGAAGACCUCAGUGAUUAUGGAUAUAGUCAACAGACCACGAGAAGAUGGAUUCACUGGGAUAUACAGCUCCAUGCUGUCCUCGCUCUGCUGGUCGGCUGACAGCCAGCGGGUGCUCAUAUCCUGUGCUCAGAGGAGCCGCAAGGAUAUCCUGAUGGUUGAUAUUUCCACGGGCGAAGUGAGAUCUCUAACCUCAAAGUCUGAGUUUGGGAGCUGGUGUCUCUUGACAAUCCAGAGGGACCUGAUGGUGGUGAACUGUUCCUCCCCAAACUGCCCACCCAACCUGAGGGUGGGGUUUCUGCCCCCUCGCGGCUCAGAUGCAGAGGUGUCUUGGGUCACCCUGGAAGAAACGCAGAUCCUGCCAGAAAUUGACUGGCAGAUUCUGAACUUUACCCCGCCUCCUGAGCAGGACAACAGCCAAUACCCUGGCUUGGACUUUGAUGGUAUUCUGCUGAAACCAAAGGAAACCAAAGAGGGGGUGAAAACACCACUCAUAGUCAUCCCACAUGGUGGCCCGCAUUCGGUGUUUGUGGCAGACUGGCUCCUGUCUUCUGCUGUUCUCUGUAGAUUGGGCUUUGCUGUCUUACUGGUGAAUUACCGAGGUUCCCUGGGCUUCGGCCAGGACAGCAUUCUCUCGUUGCCUGGAAACGUGGGCUCCCAAGAUGUCAAGGAUGUGCAGUUUGCUGUGGAGAGCGUGCUGAAGGGAGACGUCUUUGACGAGAGGAAGGUGGCGGUCGUGGGAGGGUCUCACGGUGGCUUCCUGGCGUGCCAUCUGAUUGGCCAGUACCCGGAUUUCUACAAGGCGUGUGUGGCUCAAAACCCUGUUGUUAACAUGGCCUCUAUGGUGGGAAGCACCGACAUCCCUGACUGGUGUAUGGUGGAGGCUGGUAUUGAUUAUAACACUAACUGCAUCCCUGAUCCUGCUCAUUUGGAGAAGAUGUUGAACAAAUCACCCAUCAAACAUGUCACAAAGGUUAAGACACCAGUAUUGUUAACCCUGGGCGAGGAUGACAAACGUGUGCCCAGCAAACAAGGCAUUGAAUACUACAAAUCCCUAAAGGCUCUGCAGGUACCAGUCAGGUUGCUCUGGUACCCGGGCAAUAACCACGCACUGUCCAAAGUUGACUGCGAAUCAGACAGGUUCAUGAACAUUGCCCUGUGGAUCAUCAAGCAUUUCUCCUCUGGGGCAUCAGUCAGUUAACACCCUCCCUCAGGUCCUGUCGCAAGUGGAAAGUCUUCAACUGGCUUUUUCAGGUCGCACUGCAGCACUGCCUGUUUCAGUUUUAGUUGGUACAGGGACUGUUCCAGAAUACACGGUUUUAACAUCUGCUCUGUAACAAGGUUAUUAUAGCAAUGGUGUUGACGUGAGCUCUUUAAAGCACUUAUCAUUAACGGGCUUGUUCAUGUGACAAAGGGUGAUUCUUUUUUUAAUGAUUAAUUUCUGUUUAGGUGGUUCCCUUGCAAGAGAUUCAACAAAUAGUCCAAAGCAAGCAUUUCUCAAACCCAGACUUACUUCAACCAGCUGCUCACAGGGAGUGCUAUGAUAUUAAUUGUCACAAAACUUUAUGGUGCACACUCCUCUUGUUUCGGAUUGUUUGUCGAGUUGUUACUUUCAUAUUUUCUUUCCAAGUUUGACAUAUCCAACGACUUCCUUUUACACAAAAUCAUUUGCAUAAACAGUCAUCUGUCGAUUAUUACUGUUCUUUCUAGAAAUUCUGCCCAAUGUGACUAAUCUAGAUAUUCAGACAAAUUCUAUCCACUGGUGAGGGUUUUUAACAAUCCCAUUCUCCUCCAAAAUAUUAUUAAUUUGUGAACUUGUCAUCUGGUGGUAGACAUGAUUUUAGGCUUUGACUUACGUCCUAAGCCAAAGCCUAGUCCUUUAGGCUAACAUUAAGAAGCAGAACAGGCUGUAACUGUCUGCUGAGCUUUACACACUACCAGAGCCUCAUGUGUGCUUCACCCGAGACUGCUGUAGAAGCAUGAACCUUUAUUCUAAUGAUUUUUGAUGUCACAGUUAACCAUGGAUGUUUUUCAAUAAAAUUCUCUC